CGCCGGCCUUAGUUUCCCCCGCCCUGCCCGAGCGCGGCCGCCCCUCUCGCUCGAAUCCGGGUACCGCCGGCGACUCGGGUCGGUCCCUUCCGGUUGGUUCCGGCGUCCGGCCUGACAUGCCGGCGCUGCGGCUGCUGCUGCUGCUGCCGCGGAGGCUGCGGCUUGGGAAGCUCCGCGCUUCCGCAGGCCUGGCCUCCGCUGGCCGGGCCCACGCCGCCUGUUGCUGGACUCCGCCCCGGCCCAGCCCACUACCCUCGGGCCCCGGGCCCCGCCCUGGCCUCAACCUCUCCUCCAGCCCUUGUUUGCGGCCUGCCACCGCCGCUGCCGCCAGCCCAGACGCGCCGCCCGCAUGCGCCGCGACCAUGGAGCGCGCCGAAGCGGGAGAAAUUAAUUCCAAUGAGUGUGAAAAUGUAUCAAGAAAAAAGAAAAUGUCGGAGGAAUUUGAAGCCAAUACUAUGAAUUCUCUGGUAGACAUGCCAUUUGCUACUGUAGAUAUUCAGGAUGACUGUGGAAUCACUGAUGAACCUCAAAUAAAUUUGAAGAGAAGUCAAGAAAAUGAAUGGAUCAAGAGUGAUCAAGUAAAGAAGAAGAAAAAAAAGCAAAAAGAUUAUCAACCCAACUAUUUCCUAUCCAUUCCAAUCACCAACAAAGAGAUUAUAAAAGGAAUUAAGAUCGUGCAAAAUGCAAUAAUACAACAAGAUGAGCGACUGGCCAAAGCAAUGGUCAGCGAUGGUUCCUUUCAUAUUACCCUGCUGGUGAUGCAAUUAUUAAACGAAGAUGAAGUAAACAUUGGUAUUGAUGCUCUUUUGGAAUUGAAACCAUUCAUAGAAGAACUCCUCCAAGGAAAACAUUUGACUUUGCCCUUUCAAGGGAUUGGCACUUUUGGAAAUCAGGUUGGAUUUGUGAAGCUGGCAGAAGGGGAGCAUGUAAAAUCACUUUUGGAGAUAGCAGCCCCUGAGCUGCUGGCCUGGCCCCCUGAUCCUUCCCCUCUCACCACAAAACCAAAAGGAAUAAGAAGGGAGACAGAAGAUGAGACAUUCCAAGGGUGGAGAAUGCUUCGGUCACUGGAGCCCGCCCAUGAGAGUGAGCCCGGAGAGCACCGGGAAGCACAAGGUCCAGACACAGGUGGCAACUCCUACUUCCUUCGGGGGCUCAGACAUGGAUGAGGUGAGACAGUGCAGUUGGUAGCCGUGAUCGCAGUCAGCACGGAAGCCCAGCUGGUCAUCAUUCUCAGCGGUGCUGCAGGUGUCAUGACAUUCGCACUCGAUGUACUGCCAGCGGCAGGUCUUCACUGCCGCCAUCGUCAUGGGGGUGAAAUGGAGGCAAGAUGGAUGCCUUGAGCAGCCACAGUCAAAACAAGACACCAGCUCCUCGAGUUGUCCCAUCUUCUUGUUAAUCUUUGAGUUCCCCAGACAGAAGUUACAGUAGUGGUUGGGCAAGGCCAAUCCAUCAGGACCGUUUUUGGGUUUCUGUUCCUCAGACCUCUGGGAAACAGGGGUGGGUGGUUGGGAGUCUUCUUUGUCCUCACCCUCCUCCUCAGCCCAGUGAGAGUGGACAUAGUGGUAGCUGAGGCCUGGUUGGUUCUUGUAAUGUUUUCCACAAAUGUCACAGCCAUAGGGCUUGUCCCGGUCCUCCAGGUUGGAAGCAUCCAGCUCCUUACAGGCACCGCCCACACCUUUACACUUGGAUUACCCCUUUCCUGGACACUUGGGAGCAUCUUCUUCAUAGUCCUCAUCAUUGAAGUCAUCUGGUUCUAGGAUUCGCUUUUGUGCUUGACUGUUGGUCACAGGAAACUCACCCAGGCUGUCAUCAUCAACUCGGGGACCUGGGGCACCUCGCUUCUCCAGGGGGUCAGUGUGCAACAGAACCUCUAAACUGCUGCCGUCCUGAGACAUCAGCCCCUCCUUCUUUAGGGUCUGGUCUGUGUCUGGCUUGACAGAUGAGAAGGAAAGUUGUGGAUCUUCAGGGGGGUGGGCUCGCUGCUUUUUCUGCCAGCGCUGGGCAGGGUAAGAGUACAGCUGUCCAGAGGCCAAUUCUAGAACCCGGUCACUUUUCCAUCCAAAUGUAACAAUUGCUCUGGGCUACUCCAGUCUGUGAGUCCAAGAAAGGCAGGCGCACGCUGCGCUCAGCACAGAGGUGGGCAUUGUAAUUGUGGCCCUGCUCCAUGGCAUCUUUGUAGUACGGCUCCCAAGGAGCUUCACUACACUCACCACCACAGUGCCAUUUUCCCUGCUCCUCUCCCUCCAUUAUUGGCCAUUCUAAUAGGUAUGAGGUGGUAUUUUAUGUGUGGUUUUGAUUUGCAAUUCCUUAGUGAUUAGUGAUGUUGAACAUCUUUUCCUGUGCUUUUUGCCAUUUGGGUUUCUUCUAUGGAGGAAUCCUAUUCACGUCUUUUGCCCAUUUUUAAACCAAGUUGUUUGUCUUUUGUUGGUGAUUUGAAGGAGUUCUUUAUAUUCUGAAUAUUAACCUCUUAUCAGAUACAUGAUUUGCAAAUAUUUCUCCCAUUCCAUAGGUGGCCUUUUCAUUCUAUUAUAUCCUAUGAUGCAUGAAAAUUUUAUAUUUUUAUGUAAUCCAAUUUAUCUAUUUUUACUCUUGUUGCCUGUGCUUUGGUGUCACACUCAAGAAAUCAUUGCCAAAUCUAAUGUCUCAAACCUUUCCCUCUAUGUUUUUUCUUAAGAGUCUUAUAAUUUUAACUCUUAUGUUUACAUCUUUGAUCCAUUUCGAGUUAAUUUUUGUAUAUGAUGUAAGGUAAGGGACUAACUUCAUUCUUUUGCAUGUGGAUAUCCAGUUUUCCUAGCACCAUUUGUUGAAAGACUGCUAAUGUAGUUUGGAUGUUACCCCUUCCCAAAUUUCAUGUUGAAAUGUAGUCCCUAAUGUUGGAGGUGGAGCCUUGUGGAAGGUGAUUGGAUCAUCAUCCUCUUGGUACUGUCCUCAUGCUAGUGAGUGAGUUCUUGUGAGAUCUGGUCAUUUAAAAGUGUGUGGGACCUUCCCCCCUCUCUCUUAUUCCUGUUUCCACCAUGUGAGAUGCCUGGUCCCCCUGUGCCUUCUGCCAUGGAUUGUAAGCUUCCUGAGGCCUCCCCAGAAGGAGAUGCUGGCAUUAUGCUUCCUGUACAGCCUGCAGAACUGUGAGCCAAUUAAGUCUCUUUUCUUAUAAAUUACCCAGUCUCAGGUAUUUUUUUAUAGCAAUACAGAAAUGGCUUAAUACAACUGUCUUUUCUCAUUGAAUGGUCUUGGCACUGUUGUUGAAACUUUUGACCAUUGUCGUAGUCCUUUCCUGCCGUUACAACAAAAUACCUGGACUGGGUAAUUUAUAAACAACAGAAAUUCAUUCAUCACAGUUCUGGAAACUGGAAGUUCAAGAUCAGGUCACCAGCAGAUUUAAUGUCUGGAGAGGACUCUCUGCUUCACAGAUGACACAUUGUUGCUGCAUCCUCACCUAGUGGAAGGGGAGAACGCUAUAUCCUCACAUGGUGGAGGGGAAACAGGGACAAAGACAAAAGUGAUUUAGGACCCCUGAAUCUCUUUUAAGGGCAGUAAUCCCAUUAACGAAGGCACGCCUCUUGUGACCUCAUCGGCUCCCAAAGGCCCCACCUCUUAAUACCAUUACCUUGGGGAUUAGGUCUCAACAUAAGAAUUUUGCAGGGACACAAACAUUCAGACUAUAGCAACCAUAUGUAUGAGGGUUUAUUUUUGAGCUUUCUAUUCUAUUUCAUUAGUCUAUAUAUUUGUCUUUAUGCAUAUAUCACACGGUCUUGAUUACUAUAGAUUUGUAAUAACUUUUGAAAUCAGAAGUGUAAAAUCUCUAACUUUGAUCUUUAUCAAGAUCAUUUUGCUCUUCAGAGAUCCUUGAGGUUCAACAUGAAUUUUAGGAUGGAUUUUUAAAAUUUCUGCAGAAAAUACCAUUGGGAUUUUGAUAGGGUUACAUUAAAUCAUUAGAUUGCUUUGAGCAGUAUUGGCAUUUUAACAAUAUGUAGUCCUUCAGUUCAUUAAAACAGGCAGGAUGUCUUUUCAUUUAUUUGUGUUUUCUUUAAGUUUCUUUUAGCCAUGUUUUGUAGUUUUCAGAAUAUGCAUCUUUCACCUAC